AUGAAACAACCUGCCGGGUGAUGGACUGGGUGAAGGAGGAGGUUAAACGCCAGAGUGGGAACACAUCGAGUGAAGCUGGUAAAAGGAGGCUCCUGAACACAUUUCACUACCUGUUUGAGUCUCAGAAUCGUGAACUGGCUCAGACCGCACUGGGAUCUGUGGAAGAACUUUCAUUCAGUGGAAUGACACUGACCCCAGUUGACUGCGCGGUCCUAUCUCAUGUUGUCAGACUCUGUGAUACAAUAAAACGUCUCGACCUGUCGUACUGCCACAUUUUGUGUGAAGGAAUCCAGCAGCUGGGACUCUGGCUGCACAAGUUCCAGGUAUUGAGUCUUGGGCGGAAUGACCUGGGAGAUUCAGGAGUGAAACUGGUGUCUGCGGCUCUUGGGAACCCGGAGUGUAAAAUACAGACACUGAAUCUGAACCAUGUCGAACUGACAGAUUCUGGUGCUGAGGAUCUCGCCUCCGCUCUCAGUACAAACCGAUCACUGAUAGAGCUGGACCUGGGAUGGAACCCGCUCACAGACCAGUCUGUCCCUGCUCUCCGCCGGCUCAUACUGACCCACCCGAGUCUGGAGCAGAUCAUGCUGGCAGUGAAUAAUUUCAGUGGGACUGGGGAGAAUGAACUGGAGUCUCUACAGGAGUCUAGACCCGGACUGAGAGUGUACCUGUAAACGUCUGAAUGUGUGAAUAUACCCGUCCACAAGAUGGAGACAAUUUGGCCGAUACCCCCCCCCCCCCCUUAACUCCCGCCCUUAU